AUGGCACCUCACGCUUUGAUCCAAGAACCAGUGAAGCUGGAGUCGGUUAGCGUCAACACCGGCGUUUCUUCGAUUGUCACUUCAAACCCGUUUGGAUUAACCACAGACCCACGAUCAGUGAGGGGGGCUUCUUACGUUUCGGCUACUACGAUCAUCAACCAGACGGUUUUUGCUAUUGCUUCCAAGAUUUUCAGUUACGAGAGUGUUGGUGCAGAAAAUGUUCUUGAUUCGUAUAUCCAGUUGUGGUUGCACAAGCAACAUGCCAACGCUUUUGGCGUAGUGCCGUUUUUCAACAAGUUCCAAGUUAGAUCUGGUGCUGCCAAUGCAAUCUUGGGAUAUUUCAAGAAAAACGGAACUAACGGACAAGUUGUGUCUGCCAUUUUGGGAGCUAGCGGUAUCGACUACAUGAGAAAUGCCUUGUCAGAUCAAAGGGCUCCAUUGGCUUUGAAUGUUUCCGCUCUUGACUUUGACGAUUCGGUUUUGGUCCCCAAUUACGGCCGUGCCUUGAAUGUGGCUCGUGACUUGAACUUUCCAGUCUUUACCCCAGUUGAAUCCGGGGUGGAAACGCAACAUCUUGCAAUUUUGAACCAUUUUUUGGCUUUUAUUACCGGGCAGCCCUCGGUGUUUUUGUUUGAUGGCGUUGACUCUGCCAAGACUUUUAGGAGAUUUGCCAACUUGUUGUCCGUUGAAGAAGUUGGUAAUGUGUACCAGGAGUUGUUGGACUCUGCGAGCGCCAGUGGCGACAUCACCGUGGAUGCCGCGUUUGCAUUGUUGAACAAGGUUACUGGAAAACUGUACUCUCAGUUUGAAUACAAUGGCGCAGAAGAUGCAAAGACUGUUUUUGUCGUUUAUGGAACCAGCCUUGUUGAAGAAUGGAGCAAUGUUGUUCCAAAAGAAGAUAUUGGGUUGAUCAAAGUCAGAGCUCCAAUACCUUUUAAUCAGGAAAAGUUUUUGAGUUUGAUUCCAAAGAGUACAAACAAGUUGGUUAUCGUCAAUGCCAACGAGAGGUUAGGUGCUGAUAUCACCGCCUCUGUGUUUUUGAGUGACUGGGCAAACUCGUUUGCUAUUGAAAACUUUAAAUAUCCGCUUGACUUUGACUGGACUCCCAUCACCAUUACCAAGGUGUUGGCACAGUAUGUUGACGUUGAUGCUGAGAAAAUCUUGACUGCACCUCCUGCCAAAGAUGAAAUUAUCACCGCAAACACUUCUCCAGAAGGUAAAUACUUGUUCUGGAGCAGGGACAACUUUAUGUUGGUGGAGACAGCAGAUAAAUUGGCAUUGUCGUUGUCAUUGGAUGAUUCAAAGAAUGUGCUGGUGAGAAACAAGUAUGACAACUCCAAAUCAGGAGGUGUUUUCCAGUCACAAAUUGUUUCGACUUCUUCCAACUCAGCUGGUGCAGUUGACGCUGCAGAUGUUGUUGUUAUUGACGACUUGUCACUUUUAGACUCCUACGACAUAUUGGCAACUGCUAAACCAGGCAGCACCAUCAUUUACGUCAAUUCGAAACUGCAAAUCGAUGUUGAGAAACUCCCUGUUGAGUUUAGAAAGGCAUUGGCUUUGAACCAGAACAAGUUGGUUGCAGUUGACUUCACCACUGUUGAUGCGUUGGAUGAAGCCAACAACGCCACCAAGGGCUUGACGGCUGAGCUUUUGUUGCAGUUGGCAUUUUGGAGGCUGGCUUUUCCUGAACUCGGUGGAUUCAUUGUCAAUAAGUUGUUGCAAGCUAAUGGAGGAUCGUUUGAGCUCUUGGCCACCGUGUUGGACAAUUUCAUCAAAGCUGCUGAUUUGAAGAAUUCCAUUGUUAACAUUAAGGUACUUCCAGAAUGGGCCGAGUUGGACGAACAGACCACCGAAGCAGUUGAGGGCGAAACCAAGGAAGAUGAUGUCAAGAAUGGCGAUGCCAAAGGAAAAGGCAAAAACCAAGAGAAAGAAGACAAAGUUAGUGGCGCUGAGGAGAAAGCUCCACUUCCGUUCUUUGUCGCAGAAAACUCCUUAUUUGCCAAUCCUAGAAUUCUGACUGAGCAAAGUGAAGAAGUGAAAUCAUCUGCACACAAGAAUAUUGCCCAAAGACUUGUUUUCUCCGAGGCGUUUGGUGUUUCAAAAGAUUUACGUCCCGAUUUGCCAGUCAAGAACUUCAUUGUUAAGGUUCAAGAAAACAAGAGAUUGACUCCAACCGAAUACUCGAGAAAUAUUUUCCAUAUUGAAUUCGACACCACCGGUACUGGUUUGAAAUAUGAAAUUGGUGAAGCUUUGGGUAUCCAUGGAAGAAACAAUUCGCAAGAAGUUGAAAAAUUCCUUGAAUUUUACAACGUUGAUGGCGAUUCGCUCGUUGAAAUCACCAAUAAGGAAAACGCCAAACUUUUGGAAAUAAGGUCGGCACGGCAAAUAUUGAGCGAGUCGAUUGACUUUUUGGGUAAACCUCCAAAGAGGUUCUAUGAAUCAUUGGCUGAUUUUGCAACUGAUGCCAAGGAAAAGGAACAUUUGCAGAAAUUAGCCGGUGCUGAAGGUGCCGAGGAAUUGAAAAAGAGACAAGAAGUCAGCUUUGAUAGUUAUUUUGACAUUUUGGAAGAAUUCAAGUCAGCUAGACCUCAAUUUGCCGAUUUGGUUCGAAUCAUUGCUCCGUUGAAGAGAAGAGAGUACUCCAUUGCAUCAUCACAAAAGAUCCACCCUAAUGCCGUUCAUCUUCUUGUUGUUGUCGUUGAUUGGGUUGACCCCAAGGGCAGAUUAAGAUACGGCCAUUGCUCCAAGUACUUGUCGGAUUUGAAAAUUGGGGAUGAGCUCGUCGUCAGUGUCAAACCAUCAGUUAUGAAGUUGCCACCCUUGUCCACCCAGCCCAUUGUCAUGUCCGGGUUAGGAACUGGUUUAGCUCCAUUCAAGGCUUUCAUUGAAGAGAAGAUCUGGCAGUUGGAACAAGGUAUGGAGAUUGGUGAUAUAUAUUUGUACAUGGGUUCGAGACAUAAGAAGGAAGAAUAUCUUUAUGGUGAAUUAUGGGAAGCCUAUAAAGAGCAUGGCUUGUUGACCCACAUUGGCGCUGCUUUCUCCAGAGAUCAACCGCAAAAGAUUUACAUCCAAGAUAGAAUCAGAGAAACCAUUGAGGAUUUGACCGAUGCCAUUGUUGACAAAAAGGGUUCCUUCUACUUGUGUGGUCCCACUUGGCCUGUGCCUGACAUCACUGCAUGUUUGGAGGAUAUUGUUUCCAACGGCGCCAAGCGUGCUGGAGAAACUAUCAAGGAUGUUGCCAAGGUUGUUGAAGAUAUGAAGGAAGACGGAAGGUAUAUUUUAGAGGUGUAUUGA